AAAAAUACGGGGCUAAUGAGUGUAACCGUUGCCUCUUUCUUAAAAAUAACAGUGAAAAAACCUGUUUUCCCUCCAGCAAUUCUCACUGCGUUCCCCUCUCAGUUCCCCUCCACCCUAUUAAUCUUUUUCACACCACCGUCUCCCUCUAAUCACCACCGUGUCUCCCUCUAAUCACCAUUGCACCGCCCCACUUCGUUUCCCUCUCAGCACAGAACCCCCUUCUUCAUCUACCUCUCAAACCAGCGCAGCACUUCGCCUGAGUUUUGUGCGUCCCCAUCAACACCACCGUGCGUCUCCCUUUCUACCACAGACGUGAAGUUCGUGAAUAGCGAAUGAAAUGUUAGGUCUUUCACGCGUGCUUUCAUCCUUGAUUCUCUAAUCCUAUUUUCUGAGUUCUGGAAGGUCAUUAACCAGAAUACCAAUUUACAACAACAUCGAUUCUACCCACCUCGUCCAUAGACAUGGCUACCCUUGCUGAUUCUUUUCUUGCCGACCUCGAUGAACUCUCUGAUAAUGAGGCCGAAAUUCUAGAGAAUAACGAUGUUGAUGCUGCUGACAUGGAAGAGGAUGUUGAUGGUGAUCUGGCUGACCUAGAAAACCUCAACUAUGAUGACUUGGACAGUGUUUCCAAGUUGCAGAAAACACAGAGGUACAUUGAUAUUAUACAGAAAGUGGAAGAGGCCCUUAAAAUGGGGUCAGAUGUCUCCACUCAGGGACUGGAUCUAGAAGAUGAUCCUGAAUAUCAAUUGAUUGUGGAUUGCAAUGCUCUGUCAGUUGACAUUGAGAAUGAAAUUGUUAUAAUCCACAAUUUUAUUCGUGACAAAUAUCGAUUGAAAUUUCCUGAGCUUGAGUCAUUGGUGCAUCACCCAAUCGAUUAUGCACGUGUUGUUAAGAAGAUAGGAAAUGAAAUGGAUUUGACUCUUGUUGAUUUAGAAGGGCUUUUACCCUCAGCCAUCAUAAUGGUUGUGUCUGUUACUGCUUCAACUACAACUGGCAAGCCUCUUCCGGAAGAAGUCCUUAGUAAGACUGUCGAGGCCUGUGAUCGAGCACUUGAUCUUGAUUCAGCAAAGAAGAAAGUUCUAGAUUUCGUUGAGAGUAGAAUGGGCUACAUUGCACCCAAUCUCUCUGCUAUUGUUGGAAGUGCUGUUGCAGCUAAACUCAUGGGCACAGCUGGUGGUCUGGCAUCUCUAGCAAAGAUGCCUGCUUGUAAUGUUCAGCUUCUUGGUGCCAAGAAAAAGAAUCUUGCUGGGUUCUCCACAGCAACAUCACAAUUUCGUGUAGGAUACCUUGAGCAAACAGAGAUAUUUCAGACUACUCCUCCAUCUCUAAGGAUGCGAGCAUGUCGACUCUUGGCGGCAAAGUCUACACUUGUAGCACGCGUAGAUUCCAUACAGGGUGAUCCAUCUGGAAAUACUGGAAGGGCUUUCAAGGAUGAGAUUCACAAAAAAAUUGAGAAGUGGCAGGAGCCCCCUCCUGCAAAGCAACCAAAACCACUACCAGUUCCUGAUUCUGAGCCUAAAAAGAAGAGAGGUGGUCGGCGGCUUAGGAAGAUGAAGGAAAGGUAUGCAAUAACAGACAUGAGGAAGUUAGCCAAUAGGAUGCAAUUUGGAGUCCCAGAAGAGAGUUCAUUAGGAGAUGGUCUGGGUGAGGGCUAUGGAAUGCUUGGUCAGGCUGGCAGUGGCAAAUUGCGUGUGUCUGUUGCUCAAAGCAAACUUGCUGCAAAAGUUGCAAAAAGAUUCAAGGAAAAGAAUUAUGGUAGCAGUGGUGCUACAUCUGGUUUGACAUCAAGUCUUGCAUUCACACCAGUGCAGCAUGUAAGAUCAGGAAACUGUUCUAUGGAAAGUCCUUUGCAAACAAAUCUACAAGGUGAAGUCCUUAUGGGAUAUAGAAAGUAGAUGUAAGGGGAUUGAGCUGACAAAUCCACAGGCUCAUGCACAUCAACUUGGUAGCGGAACUCAAAGCACCUACUUCUCUGAAACAGGAACAUUUUCGAAGAUUAAGAGGACAUGAAACCGUGCAUGUAUUCAAAUUCUCAUUCAGUCCAGACAAUCCUUGGUUAACAUGCCUAGAAACUGUUGAUGCCGGUGGAUAUUACUUCGUAGGUUUAUGAUAGAUUUUUGAAGAGUAGCCGUGUUGUGAUUAUAUUGUUGAUACGUUCGCUUGUAUAUGACUUCUGCUAUGCCUUAUACCAGGUUCCUUUUCAUAGUCACAAAUUAUGAUUGAUAUAGUGACCAUUUUAUUGAGUUAGCUUGAGAACCAAAAAAACAUUCUCAUUGGAAUCGACCAAGUUUUGGUAUUUCAUGCA